AUGCACGCUUAUUUGCCUAAGACCUUGAUGGACGCCAAGCGCGCGUGGUCAACUAUAUAUAUUGGGGGUGGAUGCACACAGUGCGGAGGUGCGUUUUCGGGCGGCACCGAAAGAUCACCCGUUCACGGUGGAGAGGGAUUUUGCUACCGCGCCUUCGGCAUGGAUCACGUCAGGAAUGGGCACUUGGGACCGAUGCACAGUGGGGGUCAACCUGCCAGGACAGUGGCCUCGAUCAUGGAUCCGAAGGUUUCAGUAUCCGGGAUAACCCUGCACCCUCAGAUCUGCCGCCUAGUAUGUAUUCGUCAGCACAAACGUCAUUGGCAGAGGUCCCGCCACCACUACAGGACCGCCAUAGCUGCACGAUCCAAGUCCAAGGGCCUUUCCAGCGCAGCUCGGCGCCAACGCUACUGGGAUACAGCCAGCAUCCAUGCUGGUUCAGGGUUGGCACAGCUGAAAUGGCAUCGACUUCGCCGGAUUGUGGAGCUCGGCCCAUGGGGCGAACAGCUUCCUUACAAUGUCAAGACCUAUGCUUGCUCACUGUACGACCCGACCAAAGGGUUUCCGGGCUUCGCUCAUCGUAAAUGCGUCACCUAA